AUGUCUCACGACCUCGAAACCAUGUUACCUGAUGCGGUUUCUGUCUGUCGAGGUCAUUCCACUAUCCUCCUCAGUCAUUAUCCUCUCCCACCCAUUGAAAAAAGUACUUCCUUAGAAACCCGUCCUACUUUUCGACAACUAUAUUCCCUGAGAAGACCACUACCACCUUCAACCCCUCCUCGUCUAGUUUGGUCAGGGUCACCAGAACCAGAAGAUUCCCUUCCUUCUCCACCAUUCUCAGACAUUGGGUCAGGUGAUCCUUCACAUCAUCAUAACGAUGACGAUGAUAUAUCGGAACAACCACAUAGAUCUGAAUCACCAUGGAGGUCAGGGAAACUCGAUGUCCUUGCGGAUCCGGUUGACUCUGGGGUCUCUGUGGAAGUACAAGCGGGUGGAUUGGUGGGGUUUUGCUCUUUGAAAGUUGUUCAUGCGGCAAGGUCGGGCAAAGUACCUGGGAAGAUGCCUCAUAAUAUAUUGAAAGAAGCUUUGGUUUUGAGACAACUUGGACAUCCGAAUGUAAGCGUCUUCUUUGAACUUCUCAAGUAA